AUAUGUAUAUCUCACUGGUGCUUGGUUUCCCCCAGGAAAAUGCCAGCUCCCUGGCUCCACCUUUGCCGCGGUUCUUGCUAACAGAAUUCUCCAACCCCGUGUUUGAGGAGGAUGGCGAGGCACCAGCCCAGCGUCAGCCGGACGUCGAGAACAGAAACAGCACCAAACUCUCCGCCAACGGCUUUGCCCAACAGGUCCGGGACAUGGCAAGCAGGAAGUUCAAGCCAGACUGCAAGUUCUCCUGGCUCUGCGUGGCAAUUCUCAGCACGGUGCUUCUCCUCCUCCUGGCCUUAUUAGUGGGCAUCAUCAUCGCCUCCCCAGAGCUGAAGUCCCACCAUCCCGUCAAACCCUCGCUCGGGGCUUCUCAUGCCCACACCAUCACCGCUACCUCAACUCCCAUCCCCAGGACCUCGCCAAGACCCCAGCCCACGGGGACACUAUCCCAGGGAGGAAAGUCGCCUGUUACCACAAUGCCAGCACCUUUAUGUGGGGGGAUCCUGCUUGGCCCCAAGGGCACCUUCAGCUCCCCCAACUACCCAGCCCCCUACCCCCCAAACAUCUUGUGCAAGUGGCACAUCCGGGUGACGGCAGGGAUGGCGAUCCAGCUGAAGGUGGUGGAGCUAGACAUUGAGAGUUCUGCCUCAUGCCUAUACGACCGGCUGGAGAUAUUCAAGGAGCAGGACGCUUCCUCGUUGUGGGAUGGGAGUACCAGGUACUGUGGUUCCGUGGCACCGGCAACGAUCAACACCAACUCCAGCCAGCUUCAGGUCAUCUUUGUCUCAGAUGACAACAUUGCUCCCUCGGGCUUCACUGCCUGGUAUCGGGCCAUUCUGCCCAGUGAAAAGAACUGUUCCUGGGAUGAGUUUCUCUGUGACCAGGGUCUCUGCCUCCACUCGGCCUACGUGUGUGAUGGUUAUCAUGACUGCCACGACAAGAGAGAUGAAGCCAACUGUAGCACAAAGCACAAAGGUUGUGGGGGGACCCUCACCAGCAUGGAAGGGCAAUUAUUCUCCCCAAAUUACCCACAGCCAUACCCACAUCUGCAGCUCUGCCUCUGGCAUAUCUCAGUGCCCGUGGGCCACGUGGUGGACUUGCAUUUCCACAACUUCAGCCUUGAGUCCCAGGAGGAGUGCAACUAUGACUUUGUGGAGGUGUACGACAGCGCUGGGAUGGGAGCAACCAGCGUCAUGGGCAGGUUCUGCAGCUCCAACUUGCCCCCUGUCCUGACCUCCUCACAGCAUGUCAUGACAGUCCUCUUUGUGGCGGACGAAGGAAUAGCUGACAACGGGUUCUUUGCCACUUACCAUGCCCACAACGCCACGGAAAAAACGUGCAGCCCCCUGGAUUUCUCCUGCAGAAAUGGCGAGUGCCUGUCUCAGGCGUUGGUGUGCGAUGGCUGGCACAACUGCCCAGAUGGGAGCGAUGAAUUCAACUGCACCAGCCUCACCUAUGCAUCUUUCGAGCCGUCCUGCGAGCCGAUUGAGGUAGAGAUGUGUUUGGGUCUCAGUUACAAUGCCACCUCUUUCCCCAACAUCUGGCUGACCAUUAUGGAUCAGCAAGAGGCAGAAGAGCAUCUCGAAGACUAUAUGAUGCUGAAGGACUUCUCUUGCUACCCAUCUCUGCGCUUGCUCCUGUGCAGCCUCUUCGUACCCAAGUGCACCCCGGACGGGGGCAUCCUGCAGCCGUGCCGCUCCGUGUGCCUGGCAGCCGAGCAGAGCUGCCAGCAAUCCCUCACCCUUCUGGGCCUCCCGUGGCCCCUGAACUGCAAUGUCCUGCUAGAUUCCAACAACCCUUUGGAGUGCUUCCUGCCAUAAAAGGGGCUGCCCCGCUCUAUCCGCAACCCCUACUUCACGUGC